CAGAAAAAACGAUGGUGAAAUUCUUGAAAAUACUUCUUCUUUUAGUAUCUUUAUUUUUCUUUUCUGCAUCUGUUUCUUAUUCAUUACCACUCUCAACUAAUGGGAGAUGGGUAGUGGAUGCACCAACAGGCGAUCGCGUUAAGCUUCGAUGUGUAAACUGGGCGUCUCACAUGCAAACCAUGUUGGCAGAAGGACUCGAUAAGAAACCAUUACCAGACAUAGUGAAAUCAAUGUCUUCAUUAGGUUUCAAUUGUGUUCGAUUCACGUGGGCAACUUAUAUGUUCACAAAACCAUCUAAUGGAAAUCUUACUGUUGAUGAAUCAUUCAAACGGUUAGGACUCUUGGAAGCUAAAGCUGGGAUAGCUUUGAACAACCCUGGUCUGUUGAAGUUAACAGUACUUGAAGCUUAUGAAGUAGUUGUUGAUGAGCUAGGUAAGCAGGGAAUCAUGGUGAUCUUGGAUAAUCAUGUUAGUAAGCCACAAUGGUGUUGUGGUGACGGUGAUGAUAAUGGAUUUUUCGGAGAUAAGUUUUUUGAUCCAAAAGAAUGGCUACAGGGUUUAGCUAUCGUGGCGAAUCGGUUCAAGGGUAAACCUCAGGUUGUGGCUAUGAGCAUGAGGAAUGAACUACGAGGGCCUCACCAAAACAAAGAUGUUUGGUACCGAUAUGUCCGUCUGGGUGGAGAAACAAUCCACAAACUGAACCCAAAACUACUAGUUAUCAUUUCAGGAUUGGGUUAUGAUACAGAUUUGAGCUUCUUAAGAAACGUAACUCUACGCACCAAUUUUGGUAACAAGUUGGUCUACGAGGGCCACUGGUACGCGUUCACCGACGGGCGAAGGAAAGACUGGGUGAAUAAGACACCAGAUCAAAUAUGUGCAAUUACAAUGAAAGAGUUUGAUGAUAAACUCGAGUUUGUUACGCUAGGAAAGAAUCCAAUUCCUCUAUUUUUGAGUGAAUUUGGUGUAGACCAGCGAGGCCUGAAUGAUGGGGAUAAUCGGUUUUUAAGUUGUUUUCUUGCUUAUGCAUCCGAAAAGGAUUUAGAUUGGGCAAUGUGGGCAUUGCAAGGAAGUUAUUACAUAAAGAACGAUGUAGCUAAUUUUGACGAAACUUAUGGUGUUCUGGAUAAAAAUUGGGAUCAGCCUAGAAACCCCAAGUUCAGAGAAAGAUACAGGCUCAUUGAAGAUAUAUUACAAGAUCCAAGAUCAAACUUGCCAAGGGAUCAGAUUAUAUAUCACCCGCUAAGCGGCCAUUGUUUACUCGUAGAUGAUAAGAAUAGCAGCAAUACUCAAGCUAGUGAUUGUUUGAAUCGGAGUCAUUGGAGCUAUGCUGGUAACCAAACUCAAGUAAAAUUGACAGGCACCUCAAAAUGUUUGAAGGUUGAAGGAAAUGGCCUUCCUGUGACAGUUUCGGAUGACUGUUCAAGUGUUUGGAAGGUGAUUGCAGAUUCCAAUAUACGUUUAGCCACCACUGAUAAAGAAGGGCGAUCGCUUUGCUUGGAUUACGACCUUUCAAAAUCUUCUGUAGUUUUGAGUAAUGAAUGCUUAUGUGCUGAUGAUGAAUCUAGCAAUUGUAAAGAGAAUCCUGAGACUCAGUGGUUCAAACUUAUAGAAACAAAUGUCAAAUAGCAGCUAGUCUGAUCAUCCUAU